CCGCACCUUUAAACGCCGUCGUUUGGAGUUGUAGUAAACCCUGCCCUAAACCCACUUCCUCUCCUGCGCGCCAUUCGUCCUUUGCCACCGCAGCCCUUCACCUCCGAAAGCCCCUCGCUCUUCUCCUCCCGCCGGCGGAAAGAUGGACGUAGACAUGGAAGAGCGGCAGAUUCAAGCUCGUUUCGUCACCAAAUUGAACCCGCCAUUCAAAGCUCCACCGUCUGCAAUUACCAUCCCGGCUACCGUCACACGUCUCGGCCUCUCCACUAUCGUCAACAGCCUCAUCAAAGCUGGUGAUCCUGAAUGGGAGACUCAGCCCUUUGAUUUCUUGAUUGAUGGAGAGCUUGUUCGUAUGUCACUCGAUCGAUUCCUUCUUGCUAAGGGCAUUUCUGCUGAGAAGACAUUGGAAAUUGAAUAUAUCAAGGCUGUUGUUCCGAGGAAAGAGGAGGAGCCCUCAUUGCAUGACGACUGGGUCAGUGCAGUAGAUGGUUCAUGUUCUCGGUUCAUCUUGACCGGAUGCUACGACGGUUUUGGAAGGGUCUGGAAAGGUGCUGGAGUGUGCACCCAUAUACUUGAAGGGCACACUGAUGCAAUUACCUCUGUCAGUGUCAUUAACCCACUAGGUGAUGUAACCCUGGCUACUGCCUCAAAAGAUCGAACUCUCAGACUGUGGAAGAUGGAUUCAGAAGGAGUUGAGGAUUCUCCUGCCAAGAUUAGGCCAUUCAAGAUUUUGCGUGGUCAUAAUGCAUCCGUAGGGAGUGUUGCAGCUCAGGCAUCUGGAAGCAUGAUCUGUUCAGGUUCUUGGGAUUGUAGGGUUAACUUGUGGCAGACAGAUGAAUCCUCUGCAGAAGGUGACUCGGUAUCAGUUAAGAAGAGAAAAACUAAAAAUGGAACUGAAGAACCUCAGUUGGAGGGUGUACCUGUCUCUACGCUAGUGGGUCACACGCAACAAGUAUCCUCGCUCAUAUGGCCAGAUCGCGAUACAAUUUAUUCAGCAUCGUGGGAUCAUACUAUCAGAAGAUGGGAUGCUGAGACAGGGAAAGAUGUUUCGAGCAUUAUCUGUGGAAGACCCUUCAACUGCCUUAGUGUAGGAGGUGAAGGUUCAACCCUUGUGGCUGCUGGUGGAUCCACUCCCAUACUUAGGAUAUGGGAUCCACGAAAGCCAGGAACAUCUGCCCCUGUGUACCAGUUUUCUUCCCACACUUCUUGGAUAUCAGCUUGCCAAUGGCACAGCAAAUCUUGGUUCCACUUACUCUCUGCAUCCUAUGAUGGGAAAGUCAUGCUGUGGGAUCUCAGAACCGCGUGGCCUGUUUCUGUUAUUGAGUCGCAUGAAGACAAGGUCCUUUGUGCUGAUUGGUGGAAAGAGGACUGUGUUAUCAGCGGCGGCAGAGACUCGAAGCUUCGGAUUUCUUCUGGAGUUCCCGUUCUUUGAAAGGUGGUUUAGGAUUAAAGGUUUGAUUAUCUGUGGUCGAGAGGAGCUAAGAGCUAACUGUACCGUAUGCAUGGAAAAGGCUUUGUGAUAGAUCUCUCGGUUUUGAUGUGUGGUUAGAAUCUGUAUGCAAGAAUCUUGUGCUUAUCAAAGGGAAACUUAGAAAUUUUUGGCAUCAUACUCUCUCUUUAUCGUUUCAAUCUUAUCCGAUGUCCACGAAGGGAUGUCAUCAUGUUGGUUGUGGGAAACACAUUAUUUGCAGUAUUUUGUUAAUUCGUAUUAUUGUCGGUUUUUAUGAUUCGGAGUAUUAUCUGGGAUAUUCGGGAAUAAAUAGGGAGUUGAUUG